CAGCCCUCUGGCGCAAGCUCACGCGCUGCGUGACGUCACGCAAACGCCAUCAGCACCACAAAAAGCCUGCGCAAGCGCAGACAAGACGCAGGAUCGACAGCAUCGCAGCGCAGCGUCGAAAACCGGGCUGAGAUGGACAAGUGCGAAUGCGCCAAGACUGGGUCUUGCACCUGCGGGCAGAACUGCAAGUGUACGAACUGCGCAUGCGCUAAAGGCGACAAAAGCUGCUGCUCCUCCGGCUGCACGAAGGGCGCCAGCAGCUGUGACAGCGCCUGUAAGGACAAGGACAAGAGCAAAUGCUGCAAAUAAUGGCGCGUGAUGGUGCCGCUCUUAUUCUGACUCAAUAAAACCUAACUCUGAUAUUUGUCGUA